AUGUCUGUUAAAUCCGUCAAAGCUCUCUAUCAUACCGUCAACUGGGAAGAGAAACCAAUCACCGAAGAGAACGCGCCCCUUAAGAUUACACGCGUUCGUACGGAACGCAAGUUUUCUGGUGCUUUGACGGGUACUGGUAUUGCCGAAUAUAUUAUCAACUAUCACCCUGGCACAGAGUGCGACUCUCAUGGAGGGAUGCCCACUAGCUCGUACACCGGAAUUUGUCAUUUCAAGGGCUCCUUCGAAGGUAGUCCCGAAGGCGAAGUAGUCUUCCUCGUCGAAAACGGCAAGUUUACCGGAACUGCCGAAGCUGAUUGGAUCAUCGAUGAGAAGACGGCUAUUGGUGGGCUGAAGGGCUUAAAGGGGAAGGGUGGAUAUAGGCACGAUGUUAGUGCCAAAUGCGAGGAUGGGACAAACGUUUGGUUCGAGUAUACGCUUUGA